CCCGAACUCCGAAAACUCUUUUUUGUCGAGUACCCUCUGGAUGAGGAGAGAUGAGGAGAUGUCACUGAAUUUGAUUCUUGAAAACGAACUCUAGGUUGGUCAAGUCGGUCAAACUUCUAGUUUUCAAGGAUCUAAUCGUGAAUAAACAUGCAGCGAUGGUUUGACGAGUGCAACUCUAGAGAGCUUCUCGCCCAAUUCUUCCUCUCCGAUCCAGUCCUAUUCAACUACCAUCUGGGGGACCUUGAUGAUUUUUACUUUCCGCAUUGCACGUGGCAAACGGCUGUCGACUCUGACGGGAACCUGAAAGCGGUCGUUUUACUCUACCAUCCUCCCACCCGAAGCACACCAGUUGUCCUGGCACUUUCGAAAGACGAGGAUGAGUUUGGGCAACUGGUGGCGCACCUAACAAAGAAUCGUUUCUUCCCGGAGACAUUCUGGUGCCAUUUCUCGGCAGAUUUCAUGGAGAUGGUCGAUCCUGCAUAUCGUCUGUCUAUAAAUACUCCUUUUCCAGACGUCAACUUUAAGAUGCGCUUGGGCCCAGAUGGUGUCGAUCUGUGUCGGCAGGCUCUGAAGCAGAAAUCUUUUUCCGGUCAACUACUUCGUCUGACAUCGUCCCCGGACCACCUUGCUGCUGCCAUGGACCUGUACCGCACCGUCCCCUCAAUACAUUUUGACCCACGGAUGCUUCACACUCAUUUCUAUUAUGGUGUGAUGGAACCCUCGAGUACAUCUACCAUGCCACGAUUACUAUGCAUCGCUGGAGUUCAUGUGCAUUCUACAGAGUAUAAGCUAGCGGUCAUUGGAAGUGUUGCUACUCGCCCUGGCUUUCGUGGUGCUGGGUAUGCAACUGCAUGUGUAGCAAUGUGCGUUUUGCAGCUAAUAGAAGAGGGUGGGUGUCGCCCUGAUCGGAUUGGAUUGAACGUGGAAGAAACGACUGCUCCUGCAAGGCGAAUUUAUGAUAAACUUGGUUUUUUGCCUGUUCAUACUAUUUUAGAAGGAGAGUUUGUUGCGGAGAGUUUGUUGCUGCAUGUAGAUGAACCAUAGUAAACAGUAUUCUGUAUUUUUUUAUGUUGCUUUACCCUGCGUUCCCAACAUAAUAGACUUUCUACUCUCUCUCCGCA